AUGGGCUGGUCUGGUCGGUGGCUGACAACCCCCUGCCUUGCUGUAUGCGUGCGACCCAAGGCCUGCAUGUCUUGCAGCGUCAAGAAACGGGUCAAGGCGGGUAGAUGCAGGAUUUGUGUAUAUGAUAUGCAGAGAGUACCUGAUAUAUCAGAGAAGCUGAGUGCAUCGAAUAAUACUUGGACAAGACAAGCUAGACAUGCAGACAGAGAGUCCAGCUUGAAGGCAUUGACGUGCGGUCUUCCUGCCGCUGACACUACCGUUGGCGCUGGCGUUGUCGUAGUCACACAAACGAAAACACAAACAACGGCACUGCCCAAUCUCGCAUGGAAGCCGUUUUAG